AUGGAGUAUAGAGAUACUAUUAGGCAGUCUGAUCUUUAUGAAGAUAUAAAGAAAUCGUUAGAUUGCGAGAUCACUACCAUUCGAUGUUUAGCAUUAGGAUCACCUUCUGAAAGUAAAAAUGCAAAAUAUCAAUUGGCAUUAUUGUUAGAAUUACAAGAUUUGUUUGAUGCAAAAGUGUCUGUUUAUGAUCCAAUUUUCAAUGACAAAGACAAAGAACUAUUAGAUGGAUUCACAAUCGAAGAAGAAUUUACCAGUGAUAGUGAGAAAACACUAUAUUUUCUUCCCCAUGCAUCUUUAGAGUUGACUGAACAUAUUUUGAACAUUAAUAAACCAAAGUAUUUUCUUGCAAAUGAUGUGGUUACUCAUACAGAUAGAUUGACUAAAAAAAAACUAGCUGACAUGUAUCCUUCCCUUUCCAUACUUGUUCAUCUUCUAGAAGAUAACAGCACAGUUAAAAAACCAAGCGAUGGGUUUACUACUGUAUCAAGGAGGAAAAAAUUUAAAGAACCAGUUAUAGAUUACAACAUCGAGUCGGUUUAUUUUGAUAAAGUACAAAUACAUCGUUAUCUACAUAAUAGUAAACAAGCACCUUGGGGUACAUCGUUUACCGAUCUAGCAUAUCAUUAUAUAACUUAA